AUGUUCCUCGCCUACCGCCUGCGACGGGCACUGGUGGACCUCCGACACGUUUGGCUCAACACAGAGGCACAGUCAGUGAUCAACGAGACGGCCCACUACCCCGACUGGCACUUCAUCUUCGCCACCAACGCCCGCCAGCCGUCCCACUCGGAGCGCAAUCGAGAGUACGACGCCGCGCAGUCCGUGGCUGCCAGCCUGGCGAGUGCGUUGGUCGCAGUGCAGUGCGACGUGUUCAUCGGGUCGCUGGGGUCCAACUGGAGUCGCCUUAUCAACGAGCUCAGAGCCACCGGCGGGCGGCUGUACAGUGGAUUCGUGGCUAUGAACCUGGGCGAGUGGUGA